UCCUUCCUUUCUUCCUGGAAAAUCACUUCCUUUGCACUUACGUGUACCCCUCGCCCCCUUCACUAUAUGUAUGGAGGAAUUGUGAAAUGGGUCGCCCCUUUUAUGACAAACACACAACAAUUAUUUGCAAGCAAUACAGUUCGACACUUGUUCUAGUUUAUGAGGAGUUAUUCCGGUUUUCGUCAUGGGUUUUCUUCAAAGCUCGGGUAACAGAAGUAGGAGACACGUUCCGUCCAUUUCGAGGUUGUUCCUCUUGCUCUCGCUGCUCCUCGUCCCGAGCUACUCUGGUGUACCCUCCAAAGCCGUAGACAACAGGAACGUGUUCAAAGUGGGCGUGAUUCUUGAUUUGGACUCACAUCUCGGCAACCAAAUGCGUAUGGCAAUCGAGAUAGCAUGCCAAGACGUGAACAGCAUCUCGUCAUCAGGAAUUCAUUACAUAAAGCCGCAUUACAUAAACUCCCACGCAAAGUCCCUUCAUGCAAUUUCAGCCGCUGAAAAGCUGAUCAAAAGGAAGAAUGUGCAAGUUAUUAUUGGCUUGGAGACAUGGGAGGGAGCAACUUUAGUAGCUGAAAUCGCUAACCAAUCUCAGAUACCAGUCAUAUCCCUUGCCAGAGACCAUGUAGCACCGACAUUGAUGGCACAAACUCUAUGGCCUUCACUGUUUCGAAUGAGUACCGAUGAAUCCGAUCAAAUUAAAUGCAUCGUAGAUGUAGUUGGUUCUUAUAACAGGCAAAGAGUAUUAAUAAUAUAUGAGGCAGGGGCGUACGAUACUAUGUACUCCAAGCUGUUAAAUUCUUUGUCAGAGGAGCUUGGAAAAAUCGGCUCAACAAUAGAGGACCAGCUGAUUCUUCAACCAUUCUCAUCUCCAACCGGAGCAGAAGUGUCUUUGGAAGAAAAUUUAAUGAAGCUGAAGGAAAGGCAUCUCAAUCUUUAUUGUUCUAGGAUUGUCGUCACAGAAGCACUCAUUUCUCUCAAGAAGCGAAGAAGAUGGGACUCUUCUACGGAGAUUCAAUUUGGAUAUUUGCUGAAAAACCAUUCACCAAUCUCUAACUUCAGUAGAUCAUUCAGCAAUCUCCUCCCUGUUGAAGAUGCGAUAGGAAUAAUCACCUACCGUCCCAAAAACCAGGCAUAUAGAAGAUUCAGAUCUAAAUUCUUGAAUAUGUUUAGGUCGCAAGUGUCAUUGUCCCCAUACGCAAUACUACCAGCUAUGGAGACGAGAAUUCAGAAGUGGCAACAUCUCCGCUCUUUUCUGGAGUACCCAUAUGAAGAGCUUUCUUCACCGAGAGUGUUCCCAAAAGACUCUCCACACGCUGCAAACUUCUCUGAGGCCAUUUUGGAGAUUUCAGAGAGAGGUGAGAUGAAAAGAUUGGAGAACGAGUGGUUCCUUCCUCAGUGUACCAUGAGGAACUUCACCAGCGACACGCCGAGGUUGGGCCUUGACAGCUUCUGGGCUCUCUUCGUUCUCACCAUCGCCACUUCCACGGGUUGUUUCCUUUUUGCGUGCCUCUGCACGAAGGAACCGUCAGGAUCGUGA